AUGUCCUCCGCUACCAACAAGGAUACAUUGCCAUUCACCGAGCAGCACUACUUCUCUUCGUAUGACCAUUUCGGUAUACACGAAGAGAUGUUGAAGGACACCUCCAGAACAUUGAGUUACAGAUCUGCCAUGUACAAGAACAAGCACUUAUUCAAGGACAAAAUUGUGUUAGAUGUUGGAUGUGGUACCGGUAUCCUUUCUAUGUUCGCUGCCAAGGCUGGUGCCAAGCACGUGUACUCGGUCGAUAUGUCUAACAUCAUCGAAAAGGCCCGUGAAAUUGUCAGCUUGAACGGAUUCGAAGACAAGAUCACCCUUUUGCAAGGCAAAUUGGAGGACAUCACCUUGCCAGUGGACAAGGUUGACAUUAUCGUUUCGGAAUGGAUGGGUUACUUCUUGUUGUAUGAGAGCAUGUUGGACACCGUCUUAUACGCUAGAGACAAGUACUUGGUGGAAGGUGGUUUGAUUUUGCCAGACAAGUGUAACAUGUACAUUGCUGGUAUUGAAGACGGCCAAUACAAGGACGAAAAAAUUCACUACUGGGAGGACGUCUAUGGGUUCGACUACUCUCCUUUCAUCAACGUUGCCAUGGUUGAACCAUUGGUCGACACUGUCAACAACAAUUCUUUAAUCACCACUCCUCACAAGUUCUUUGAGUUCGAUAUUAACACUGUCACCAAAGAUGGCUUGCAAUUCCACAAGGACUUCCAAUUGGAGGCCAUUGACAACGACUUGUGUCACGCAUACAUUGUUUGGUGGGAUGCUAUCUUCCCUGGUGACGAAAAGGUCACCUUGCCAACUGGCCCAAUGGACCAGUACACUCACUGGAAGCAAACCGUGUUCUACAUGGACCAGGUGUUGGACCUCAAGAAGGGUGAUGUGAUCAAGGGUAAGAUCGCUUCCAGACCAAACGACAAGAACCCAAGAGAAUACGACAUCGAGAUCGAAUGGGACCUCGCAGUCAAGGACAAGUUGAGAGAAAAGAAGGGUAAGUACAACUACUUUAUGAGAUAA